AUGUGGUACAUCGUAGGUACUUCCAUGUGGGAUUCCAUGUCUGUUGUUCAACAAGAGGAGAAACUGGAGGAACUGCAUGUUUUAGCAGAAGAUGCACUUGAAAAUAAUGACUUUCUGUCCAUGUCCAAUCUGCCAGGAGCCUUCAGAAAUUACAGUGACCUUCAGGAGCCUGAGAGUAUGGUGUUUUCCCUUUACAUGAAAGCAAUUUAUAUGAAGGUGAAAAGAGAGAGACAUUUCCUGCCUGCGUUCUUAGUUGCAUAUCCAUGUUUGGAAAAAUGGUCUGAUGUCAUGUCACCAGAUCAGGAACAACUAGCAAGGUGGUGGAUUGAGAAAGGCAUAAAAUCAGAUGGUGUAAAACAGUUUACAAAACUGGAAGGACAUACAAAACAGGAGACAGCAGUGGAAUGCCUACUGCUUAGACAGGAAUGGGAGAGGUGUUAUUUCAUUAGACUGCUGCACAACCUCUCCUUGGAAGACUUCAAUGAAAAUCAGGAGAUCUCACCCAAUCUGAAUGCUGACCUCUCAUCUUUCUCAGAUGACCUUUUGGAAUCAACAAGUAUAUUGAGAGUAGCAACUGCCCGAAAACUGUGGCAAGUCAAAUCCUCUUUUCAGCUAAAAGUUACAUGGGGAGACUGUGCUGUGUGCCUUUUGACUGAACUUAUACAGCAUCAGGAGAGAGAGCUAAGGAGUGCUGUGAUGAUUUUGGUUAGUAAGAAUGAAGAGAACUGCCUUGCCCUUCAAGACCAAUAUGAAAGUGAACUAAAGGAAAAACGAUCAGACCACUUAAUUUGGUUACUUUUUUCUCAUCAAAUGAAAAAUGCUUUAGUCAUCCAACCAACUGAUAAUGCACAGGCCCAUGAAGAAGGCUUUACUGAAGAAGAUGCAAAUGUGAAAACUGGUAACAAGCCUGAAGCUCACUCAGAGAUUUCAGCAGUGGAAGAAGAAACCCAUCAAAUAAUUCUGACCCAACAAGAAGAAAACGAGAUCUGCUCUGCAUGUGGAAAUGCCCUUACUGCUAAUGAAAUACCCUACUUGGAAGUCAUGGGAACUGAAGAUAUGACUGAGGAAUACAGUAAAUUAGAUGAAAUUUGUGUGGAAGGAGAUGUAAGUGGACACAUCCCAAACUAUGAAAAGCAAGGUUCCCUCAUUGCAUCUGCAUGGAGCAAAGAUACAGAAGAUAUCAGAGACACUGAGCAUGAGGCAGAAGAAACUGGACAAACAGAUAAGCAAAGACAUGAGAUUUUGCUGAGAGAAACGAAUGAAGAACUGCCUCCUGGAUCAGCCAAAUCCACCAAUUCACUUUUCAGAGAAGAACCUAUACAAGCUGAAGAUACAAAGAAAGAAGAGUUCUCAUGCAAAGAAAUAGGCAUUGUGUAUAUUAAAUUCUCCUUGUUUUCCUCUUCAUGA